AUGGCUGACAGUAUUCUCACAAAUCUGGUUCAGCAAUUGGGGGGGCUUGCAUUGGAAGAAUACAAAGUGCUUAAAGGUGUAGGAGAUCAGCUGAGCUCUCUGGAGUAUGAGCUGAGAUUCAUGAAGAAAUUCCUGAGGAACUCUGAGGGAAAACAGCAGGAGCAUGAAUUAGUGGGGGAGUUAGUGGACCAAAUUAAAGAGGUAGCUUUCGAAGCCGAAGAUGUUAUUGAAUCCUUCCUCCUCAAUGUUGAAAGGCAAAAGUGUAGGUCAGCAUUUGGUAGAGUCUUCCACGGGCCGGAGUAUGCAGUGAUGCUCCAUGGAGUAGCCAAGCACAUCAAUGGUAUCAAAACAAGAAUCGAUGGAAUAUAUGAUAACAAGGAGAAGUAUGGGAUCGAGAUGGGGGAGGGUAGUAUGAACCCUCACUUUGAAGCUACACUUCAAAGGCGAAGGAAGGAGGUAGAUGAAGAAAUGGUGGGGUUCAAGGAUGAAGCAGAUACAUUGCUGAAGAAGCUUACAGAAGGCUCAAUCGGACUGGAGAUCAUUUCCAUAGUUGGAAUGGGCGGUUUGGGGAAGACAACAAUUGCCAAAAGGUUAUUCAAUGAUAGGAUCAUCAAAGACCAUUUCAAGAGUCACGCUUGGGUAUCAGUUUCUGAAGAUUACAAUUCCCGUCAGCUCAUCCUUGACAUCCUCGAAAAAGUGGCAUCCAAUAAGGAGGGUAUUGACAAGUUGGAUACAGACAAGUUGAAGGAGAUGCUCAAAACUCGUCUCAAGGAUAGAAAGUACAUAGUCUUCUUAGAUGAUGUAUGGCAACCACACAUGUGGGAUGAGGUCAAAACUUGCUUCCCUGAUACUAGUAACGGGAGUAGGAUUCUCAUCACCACCCGCGUAACUGAUGUAGCCAGGUAUACUAGUCCUAGAAAACCUCAUUUUCUUCGGUUUUUUACUCCGGAGGAAAGCUGGGAACUCUUUGAAAAGAAGGUUUUUCAAGGGGAUCCUUGCCCUAAUCACCUCAAAACCUUGGGGAUAGACAUCGUCAAGAGAUGCAAGUGUUUACCCUUGUCCAUUGUGGUGAUAGCGAGUAUGCUAGCCAGUAAAGAGAAAUCAGAAAGGAUAUGGGGAAGGACACUCAAAGAUGUCAGUGUUCACCUUGGCAAAGAUGAAGCAUGUCUUGAAAUACUAGCUUUGAAAGGGUUCAUACAUCCACUCGGGGAACUAACUCUGGAGGAAGUAGCUGAGAGUUACCUUGAUGCCCUCAUUGAUCGAAGCUUGGUUCAAGCUGGGACUAGAAGAACUGAUGGGGGGAUCAAGACUUGUCGUAUUCACGAUCUUAUACGAGAUCUUUGCAUCAGAGAGGCUAAAAGUGAGAACUUCAUGUGGGCAGCUUCCAAAAUCAACGACGCCUCCGCGAUAGUAAGCAAAUGCAAGCCACGGAGGUUAUCUGUCCAUCACCACACAAGCCGUACAGUUCUAUCAAAAAAUUGGGAGCCUUCUUCAAUUCGUGCAUUCUUAUCCUUUGAAUCCCAAAACAGCUUCGUGACCUCUGGAUUUUGGAAGAAGCUAUACACUGAGUAUAAGCUGUUAAGAGUCCUGGACUUGGGAGCUUCCAUUAAAAUUGAAACUGUACCAAACGACAUAGAUGAUCUCAUGAAUUUGAGGUACUUGAGACUCUUCCUUUCCGCACUCUAUAUUCCAGAAUCAAUAUACAAUCUUCGAAACCUCCAGAUGCUUUUUGUGGAGGGUAACACAACACUGAAUAUUCCCAUAGGAGCCUUAUUAAAGCUCCAAUGUCUCCAGCAACUCAUUUUAGGAAAAAGUUGUACUAGACUCUAUGGUAAUCCAGCAAAUAUGUUACCAAAGAAACAACUCAAGAGCCUCCGUGUCUUAUCUUCUAUCUACCCUGAUAAAGACUUUGAAUCUGCUGUGAUGAAGGGACUCUGUCCAGAUUUAAGAAAACUAUCUGUGUGUAGUUCUUAUGUUAAUAGUUGGUCCCUAAAGAACUUCUUUACAGGUUUGCCUGAUCUACAGUCAAUAAAAAUAUCCUUCUCUGAUGCUAAUGUUCACAGAGAUAUAUUUAAAGGUGUGACUGAAAGUCAGCUUCCUUCAUCCCUCACCAAGAUAACCUUGAAAUCCUCCACAUGGUCAGAGGACGCUCUGAAUAUGCUCGGCAAGUUUCCAAACCUUCAUAUUCUUAAAUUGGUGGAUGUAAAAUAUCCAGAGCUCACCCCGACUAAAGGUUCAUUUCCUAGACUUCAUACCCUGCAUUUAGACAAUGUCCAAGGAGGGGAAGUGGCCGUACACCCCUCACUUUAUGGCCGACAAGAGCUUGCAUACCCUCAACUGCGUCAUCUCUUCAUCAAAAGAUGCACCUCAAGAUUUCACCCAUUUCAGUUCACAUUGCCUAACCUCAAAGAUGUUGAAGUUCUAUGGCCUGACAAUGCAUUGGCCGACUUGCUGGAGCAACUAAAGCAAGAAAAUAAAAUCAAGUGCAGGUUGCUUGUCUACAAGGGUGAAUAA